AAUGGCUCUUACUCAGGGACGGUUGACAUUCAGGGAUGUGGCCAUAGAAUUCUCUCUGGAGGAGUGGAAAUGCCUGGACCCUGCUCAGAGGGCUUUAUACAAGGCAGUGAUGUUGGAGAACUACAGGAACCUGGUCUCCCUGGGAAUUUCUCCUUUUGACCUGAGUAUUAUCUCCACGUUGGAGCAAGGGAAAGAGCCCUGGACUGUGGAGAGCCAAGUGCAAAUAGCAAGAAAAUCCAAUGGAUGGAAAUGGAACAAAGGUGUGAUCACAGAUCUCUCUCCUGAAUUUGCAAUAAGAAAUGUACCACCAAAAGGGAAGACCAAUGCAGGAGAAGUAUUCCAAACAGUGACAUUGGAAAGACCUGAAAGCCAUGACAUUGAAGACUUGUCCUUUAGGGAAGUCCAGAAAAAUAUACAUGACUUUGAGUGUCAAUGGGGAGAUGAUGAAGGAAGUUGCAAAGCAGAGCUUAUGACCCAGAAAGAAAAUCUCACUGGUAGAAGAGAUCAACAUGAUGGAAGGGAGGCAAGAAACAAGCUUAUUAAAAGUCAGUGUGGAGUAAUCUUUAAGUCACACGUGCCUCAACUGCAGCUACUUCAAAGUAAAAGGAGAGUUGACGAAUGUAAUCAAGUCAAGUCUGUCAGCCAUGGUUCCUCAGUUUCACCACUUCAACAAAUCCCUUCUAGUGGCAAAACCCACAUUUCUGAAAAAGAUGAGAAUGAUUUCAUCUUUUCUUCAUCACUCACACAAGGACAAAAAGUAAACAAUGGUGGCAAAGCUUACAAAUGUACUGAACGUGGCAAGGUGUUCACUGAAAAUUUACAUCUUGCAUGUCAUCAGGCAAUCCAUACUGGAGAGAAACCUUACAAAUGUAAUGAGUGUGGCAAGGUCUUCACUCGAAAUGCAUGCCUUGCACGUCACAGGAGAUCGCAUACUGGAGAAAAACCUUAUAAAUGUAAUGAAUGUGGCAAGGCCUUUGCUCGAAAUGCAAACCUUGCACGUCACAGGAGAAGUCAUACCGGAGAGAAACCUUACGAGUGUAAUGAGUGCGGCAAAGCCUUUAGUGUACGUUCAAGACUAACUAUCCAUCAGGCAAUCCAUACUGGAGAGAAACCUUACAAAUGUAAUGAGUGUGGCAAGGUCUUCACUCAAAAUGCAUACCUUGUACGUCACAGGAGAACGCAUACUGGAGAAAAACCUUACAAAUGUAACGAGUGUGGCAAAGCCUUCGCUCGAACUUCACAGCUUGUAUGUCACAGGAGAAAGCAUACUGGAGAAAAACCUUACAAAUGUUACGAAUGUGGGAAGGUCUUCAAGCAUAAUGGCUCCCUUGCAUGCCAUCGAAGAAUUCAUACUGGUGAGAAACCUUUUAAGUGUUAUGAGUGUGGCAAAGCCUUCAGGGUUCGUUCAGUCCUAACUACCCAUCGGAUAAUCCAUACUGGGGAACAACCUUACAAAUGUAAUGAGUGUGGCAAGGUCUUCCCUCGAAAUGCAUACCUUGCACGUCACAGGAGAACGCAUACUGGAGAAAAACCUUACAAAUGUAAUGAGUGUGGCAAGGCCUUCGCUCAACAUUCAGACCUGGGACAUCACAGGAGAAUUCAUACUGGAGAGAAACCUUACCAGUGUAACGAGUGCGGCAAAGGCUUUAGUGUACGUUCAGGACUAACGAUCCAUCAGGCAAUCCAUACUGGAGAGAAACCUUACAAAUGUCACGAGUGUGGCAAGUCCUUCACUCGAAAUGCAUACCUUACACGUCACAGGAGAAGACACAAUGGAGAAAAUCCUUACAAAUGUACUGAGUGUGGCAAGGCCUUCACUCAAAAUUGGCACCUUGUUAGGCAUCAAAGUAGUCACAGUGGAGAGAAACCUUACAAAUGUUAUGAGUGUGGCAAAGCCUUUAGUUUUCAUUCAUUGUUAACUACCCAUCAGAUGAUCCAUACCGGAGAGAAACCUUACAAAUGUAAUGAAUGUGGCAAAUGCUUCACUCGAAAUGUAUACCUUGCACGUCACAGGAGAAGGCAUACUGGAGAAAAACCUUACAGAUGUAAUGAGUGUGGCAAGGCCUUCACUCAAAAUUGGCACCUUGUUAGGCAUCAAAGUAUUCACAGUAGAGAGAAACCGUACAAGUGUUAUGAGUGUGGCAAAGCCUUUCGUCUUCAAUCAAUCCUAACUAGGCAUCAGAUGAUCCACACUGGAGAGAAACCUUACAGAUGCAAUCAGUGUGGCAAGGCCUUCACUCAGUAUUCACAGCUUGCAUGUCACAGGAGAAGGCAUACUGGAGAGAAACCUUAUAAAUGUUACGAAUGUGGGAAGGUCUUCAGGCAUAAUGGCUCCCUUGCAUACCAUCGAAGAAUUCAUACUGGUGAGAAACCGUACAGAUGUAAUGACUGUGGCAAGCUCUUCAGUGAACGAUCAAAGCUUGCAAGGCAUCACAUAAUUCAUACUUGAUAGAAACCAUACAAAUGAGUGUGGCAAGGUCUUCAGUCACAAUUCACUCCUUGAAUGACAUUAGAGAAUUCAUUCUCAAGAGAAUCCUUACAAAUGCAGACUAUGGCAAACCCCUCAUGAGUUCAACCGUUAACAUUGGAGAGCCCAUGCUAAAGGAAUAUCAUAUAAUUUUAUGUGGAAGAGGCUUUCUUCAUGCCUCACAACCCACUGGGCAUCAAAAUACACAUCUUUGAUGAAAGCACACAAAUGUAAAGUGUAUGUUGAGGCUAUUACCCAGGG